AUGAAGGUCACCCUGGUCUUACUAAUCGCAUUAAUUCUUGUGUCGGUCAAUGCCAAGAGAGGAGACCCUCCUCUUAGGAAAGGAGAACAACUUAUCGAUUGGAUGGAAGGUACAAUGAAAGGCACCUACAUUGUCAUGUUCUUCGAUCAAGACGCUUCAGCCAGAAAGACUUCUCAAACAAGAGAGCAAAUUACUUCAUUGGUUCUGGACAAAUACCCCAACUUCCACUACUACGAGAUCGAUGUCACCGACAAGGACAACGAAGGAAUCGUCAAACAAAUGGAAAUCGAUCCGGAAGACUUGAAACACUCUCCGACUGUUUUAGUAGCGAGCGACGGAAGAGGAUUCUGGGCCCACGGCAAGGGAGCUGUUGCCGAAGUAGCUUAUAAAGUGCCAUAUUAUUCAUCAGAUUUGAGGGUUCCAGAUCAUCCUCCUCACACCAGAAACUAAGAAUAACUCAUAAUAGCCUUGAAUGAAAUGUCUUUCAGCCCAUAUUA